GUAUCAGUAUCGGCAGGAAAAAACCUGAUCGGCACAUCUCUAAUUAUGACCACUAACUUCAACACUCUCAAUUGGGAUUUUACAAAUAAAAAAAGUGGAUUUUCACAUUCAGCCCCCUUUACCUGAAUACCUCUAAAUAAAAUCCAGUGUCUCCAUUCCCUUUAAGUCUCCUGUAUGUAAAUUGAAUGAGGGUACUAUUCACAGUCUGCCACAAUCCAUGCUGUGGACAAAACAAAUUAAGUGGUCUGAUUAGAUGAGAUAAUCUCAGUGAAGUACGGUAGUGGCGGUAUCAUUCAGUUGCAAUGCUUUUCCUUGGAGGAAAGCUGGUCCAAGUUGAUGUGGAUGGUAAAUGAAUACAGUGAUAUGUGCUGGACGAAAACUUGAGAUUAGGAGGCAGGUUCAUCCUCCAGCAGGACAGUAAACAUCAACGUACAUAUUUGUCUGUUAAAACGGCCCAGUUAAAGCACUUACCUAAACUGAAGUGAAAGUAUGUGUCAAGAUUUGAAAUGUGACGUUUGCAGAAGGCACCCAGUAUGACUGACUUUGCUUUGCAGUGAGCGGGAGAAACGCAAUAUGUAUCUUUGCACACCCCACACUUUGCAUAUUAUUUGAACCAACGAUGUAAAAAUUUCAGCCAUGCACAAUCAGCACAGGUUUGUGUUGAUCUUUCCUAUAAUAUCCCAAAAGCUGGAAUCCUUCAAUCUUAUUACAAUCACAUCAGUUCAGACUGAAUGUGACUGGUGCUUUUUCUUUUUUGUCUCUAAAGCCUUUUUUUUUUUUUUUUUACACUCAAAAACAUAAUUUCACUCCACCUGUACGUCUCUGCUUGCUAAAGAAAAUUAAAGUUGUUAUAAAAAAGGGGACAGGUGCAGUCAGUCACUACACAAUGCUUUUGGUAAUUUCAAAGUGACAAUCUAAAAAAAAGAUCUAUUUGGCAUGAACACGUCUGACAUUAAGAGGGUUAUAAUUCAUAAACGGCAGACUGUCGCUCAUGUGAGACUAUGAAGCAAUGACCACGAGGUGGCAGCACUGAAGCAUGCCAACAAAACCCGUCAGGAACAGUUUCAGCUGCUUUAAAGCUGUAGUUGCAAAACUUUGAGGCCUUUAUCACGGCUUUUCAGCUAUUACAAGUAAAUAUAAAAAUAUCGUGAUGAUUAAAAAAUAUCCAGCACACCAUACAACAGUUUUAUCCAUUCAUGACUAUCUGUUGUAACAAUUAUGUUAUAUACUUAAGUACUUUUCAGACUUCAAUACUGAAAAACUAAUUACAGACAAACAAAGCUUCACAUUACAUACCUGAUGAUUAUUUAAACAAAACAACAAAAAAAAAAAACAAAUCCAAGGCAAAACAUAAAUACUGAUUAAAUCUAAUGAUGAUGCAAUUCUGAGAAUACCAAACGAAAACCAAAAAACAUGCAAAUUACAAUUCACAAAGCCUGGGAGACUUUAAGGAAAAGAUUAAACCAAGUGAUAAGUAUUACAUUGUUUUAGCCCAGUUAAAUUUGGUUCUUCGUAACCUCUAUUUAAAAUCCCAGAUGUUUGAUAAAUGGGCCUGUCUAACUCAGCUGAGCUGGAACAGCGAUAAGAUCGUUGCUGCGAUUGAUGAGUCAAACCAGGAAUAAGGAAACUUAUGAGUUAGGGAACCAGGAAUAAGGAAACUUAUGAGUUAGGGCGUUGUACUGGGAUUGUUUCUGUUCCUUAACAGCCCUGUCCUGUCUCGCAGGAAGAAUGACUGUUCAACGGGAUACAGAUGGAUACAGAUCGCACUGUGGUGUGGCUUUGAUUUGUGAAAUGUUUAACUAAAUUGCAACUGCAGUUCAUCAGUAUUGAAAAGCUUAGUUUUUUCUUCAUCUCACAAGAGUUCCUUCUUACAAAUAUUUGGUGCAAUCUCAGAAGCCGGUUGUUUCUAUGGAUUUUACUUAGGAGGUCAGAGAGUAAAGAGGUCUGAAUACAAGUGGGACAAAGCCUAACAACAGCACAACAAAGAUGGGCAGAGUAAAGAAAGACAAAUUCUUUUUCCCAUUUGACUGACAUUUUGCAUUUGCUUGCACACAGAAGUUGUGUUUCCCUGCCUACCGAUCUGUGUCAGUGUGCUGUAAGCACAAAUGUACAAAAUAAAGUGAGGCAGCUCAGCCCUCUGGCGGUGUGUGUUACCAAAUUUGCGGUCGAGGGAGGAUGAGUGACAGGCCGGUUAGUGAUUUGCAUGGCUCCGGUGUUUAAAAGGAGCUGCAGGUGCAGGAUUCCCUUCACAGAGGGGUGGAUUUGAUUCAGCACACACAGGUACCUUUCAUGCUGCUUAAGUACGACGUGUGAUCAAGUAGAUACUCAGAAAGACUCCAAGUUUGAACAUAUUCUUUCUUACCCGGGAUCAAGAUGAAGGAUGCACGGUUUCCUUUCAUGGAUCAUCGUUCGAGCUAAAGACCAAGGGAGGAGGAACAAACUGAACACGACCCCGGCCAUGGAGACGCUCCUGUUAGUUGGCAACUGAAGCGGACCGCUUUUCACAAUGUCGAUGCAGAUACUCAUACUGCUCCUCCUCUGGGCUUCCAGGGUCACAGAGACGACGACAGACGCAUGGAGACAGUGCACAGAGUUGCUCCCCUUGGAUCUUCUGUCUUUUGUUCUGGAGAGGGACACCUCCAGAGUGGUCCCCGGGGCGCGGGUGAAGCAGGCGGCUGGGGCGAGGGGUGUCCAGUUUCUCAGCCCCGAUGCGUCUAUGAGCUUCCCCGCUUCCCAGCUCUUGGUGAACUGUGACCUGUUCCCCAAAGAGUUUUCCAUUGUUGUUACAGUGAAAGUGAAUCGCUUUGCACCCAAGCGAGACGAGUACAUCUUCUCUCUGAUGGGACCAAGUAACGUGGAGACCGUUGCACUGGAGGAGAAAGAAGACGAGCAGCCCCCGAGGACGAAGGAAACCAAGAGAGAUGAGAAACAUGCAGGGAUCAUCCUUGGACUAAAGUUAUCCCAAAAUAGCCUGCAUUUUGUUUUCAACGGCCAUCGGAAAGCAGCAGAGCACUGGAACUUCCAAGGCAUCCGUCUGACUCCCAACCAGUGGCACACACUGGUUUUAGUCGUCGGCGUUCACCGCAGGAAGCUGACGGUGGACUGCAACCCGCCGCUGGAAAGUGUUCCCUCCAGGGCUUUCCCUUCAGAUCUUAACAUCCAGGCAUCCAGAUUCCACAUUGGCAGUCGGGGAAGAUGGAAGGGCUUGUUUUCAGGCUUGAUGCGACAACUGGUUCUCGUGCCGAACUCAGACGCCUCCAAUCAACUCUGCCCGUCUUCUGACCCCCGGCUUGCAGCUUUGUCGGUUCCACCGCUGCUCUUAGACCUGCCUGUCAGGAGGAGGCAGAAUGAGAUUCAUGACACUUCCUCUGGAGCCGCGGGACGACCGUCGGUGGGAGCGGAGAGGCCGUGUUCUGAGUUGCUGCGAGGUCAGCUGUGGUUUAAUCCUCUCAAAAAGGGCCUCUACGUCUGUGACGGGUCAGCGUGGAUCACUGUGUUGGAGGACCAUAAAAGACUGGACUACGUUUUGGAGCAGCAGGUUCUUACCACCAGCUCUGAGACGCACGAUGUAGAGGUGUUUCAGAUACAAGGCAUUGGCCUCAUGGCUGCCAUGGCCCACAGAUCCUCAGCCUCUGGUUCUGCUGUUUAUCUCUGGACCAACUUGGGUUUCCGGCUCUACCAGAACAUCAGCACUAACGGCGCUCUGUCUUGGAAGCAUUUCCAAAUAGGGAAAAAGGCAUAUCUGGUAGUGUCUAAUUCUGGGACUGAAACAAACAAGUCUGUAGACAAACAGUCUGAAUCUGACUUCUCCGUCAUUUAUAAAUGGAGCAAAAGAAGAAAACGGUUUGUGCGGUUCCAGACUCUGCAGACCUACUGCGCUCGAGACUGGGAGGCUUUCAACAUUAAUGAACAGACUUAUCUUGCUGUGGCCAAUCACAGAAUGGGAAACAACAACCACACCAUCAACAGCGUGAUCUACAAGUGGAACAGAUCGACAAAGUCUUUUGAGGUUCACCAGACGCUGGUCACAUCGGGGGCCUACGACUGGGAGUUCUUCAAAGUUGGACCGUACCACUUCCUGGUGGUUGCAAAUGCUUUCGAUGGUGUGACCACUUCUCUGGACUCGGUCAUCUACGUUUGGAUCGAUGGGAAAUUUCAAGUGUUCCAGACAAUCAAGACAUUCUGCGCCACAGACUGGGAAAUGUUCCAGAUUGGCAGCAGAGUAUUUCUGGUUGUGGCCAAUGGACACAGACUCCAGGGUAACGGACCCAGCCAGUACACCAUCAACUCAACCAUCUAUGAGCUGGACAUGAGUGGAAGGAUAUUUGUUCGCUUCCAGGACAUUGUUACCUACAGUGCAGUGGAUUGGGAGUUCUUCAGCCUCGGGGAAGAAUAUUUCUUGGUUGUUGCUAACUCCUAUAAUGGGGAAUCCUACUCUCUCAACAGCAUUCUUUACAGGUGGCAGGGAUAUGAAGGAUUUGUUCCCGUUCAUUGGCUCCCAACCAUUGGGUGCAGUGACUGGGAGUUUUUCAGCUCUAAUGGAGAAUCCUUUCUGAUCUACUCCAGUGCCAAAGCGCCUCUCUCCAAAGUUUUCAAGCUCAAAACUUACUAGACGACAAAGUGUGCACAUGGCUUUGCGUUUUCAGUUUUGUGCUACAGGUUGUGGUCCUGUGAAUAGUUUUAUAUUUUUGUAUACUGAGAGAACUUAAAGACAUAAUUUAACUGUCAAAUAUUUUAAUAAAAUUAUAUUUGAAAGAACUUCACAGAGGCCUUAACCAGUAUCCUAUAUCUCUUCAUAACUCACAAAUACUUGUAGCCAUGAUGUGGAUGUUUUAUGUGUGACAAAUACAAUUAAACCCCCCAAAAAUAUUACUACCUUUCUUUUUUGUAAGAGAUUUUAUAUUUUACAUUAUUUCAUGCCAUAUUUGUAUUUAAAAUGUGUGGUUGCUAACUCAGUGGAGUUCCCAGACAAAUGUGAACAACAUAGGAAAAAUUAAUUAAACUUAAAUAACUAGUA